AUGGGUGCAAUAGUUCUAGCCAUCAGCGCUGGCAUCGCCUUCAUAAUCCUCGGCGCCAUGUUAUAUUCCAAGCGAUUCCGACGCCGCAAACUGCGCAAAACCAACCCCGAAGCAUACGCCGCUCACCCCGCGUCCACAGUACCAGUUAUGCCAAUAAUCCCGGCCAAUAUAAAGACAAUUUCACCGACGAUAGAUUACUUCCCGCCUCAGCGUCCAGCAAUUGUAGGAGCAUUUGGUACACGCUCAGGCAGCCCAACCACGCUUAACAAUAACAAUACUGUGUCUAAUCGCAGCUCCACACAUGCUCUGGAUAUGCUGCGUGGCAGGUUUGGCAACGUUGGCGCUUCGCAGAGUAGCAGCAACAGCACUUCUGCCAGCUCAUCUAGCGAAGCUGAGCUACAGCGCCAGCGCAACCGCCAGUCCCGUGUACAUGUGGCUCCGCCAAUGGAGAUUCCAAAUGGCCAGCCCAUGCCUAUGCCCAUGCCCAUGCACAUGAUGCACCAUCAACCGCCAAUGCAGCCGCAGCUUAUCUACCAUCCACAAAACAUGAUGCCAAUGCCAAUGCCGAUGCAGUUUGUGCCUAAUGGUCCUAUGCAGAUGCACCCAAUGCAGAUCCAAGCUAUGCAGCAGGGUGGUCCAGUAAAUUCCCAGUUUGCUACCAGUGGUGGUCCAGUUAAUAUGGACCGCGAAAUCGAAGAGUUUGACACUUGGGCGCGCACCCGUCAGGCCAGGUCACAGCAGGCCAAUAAUAAUGGCGGCGAAGGCAGUAGUGGUGGUGUAGGAGGUAACAGCCCGAUGAUUGAUUUGGGCCCUGUACCAGAGUUUAUGAACGAUAUUGGCAUGGAUAGAGAAGGUGAAAAUAAGGAUGAUUUGCCGCCACCGUCUUACGACCAGGUCAACAUCUUCAAGAAACAGGAAAGAGACUAA